AUGGCCAAUUUUUGGCCUCAUUUAGGAUGUGCUUUAGCACUAUGCUUUAUAAUAGCUACCACCGAUGUGGCUGCAAGUGAUGAUUAUAAGCCUUAUACUACAUCUCCUCCAUCACACUACAACUCUCCACAUCAACCUAAAUAUCACUACAAGUCACCACCUCCUCCUUCUCCAUCACCACCGCCACCCUAUGUUUACAACUCUCCACCGCCACCAUCACCAUCGCCACCUCCUCCUUAUGUCUACAAGUCUCCUCCCCCACCUUCUUCAUCCCCACCACCACCUUAUGUGUACAAAUCACCCCCUCCACCUUCACCAUCACCACCACCACCAUAUGUCUACAAGUCUCCACCCCCUCCUUCCCCAUCCCCACCACCGCCUUAUGUCUACAAGUCUCCUCCACCACCUUCACCGUCCCCACCACCACCAUAUGUCUACAAAUCUCCACCGCCACCCUCACCGUCCCCACCACCACCAUAUGUUUACAAAUCACCACCUCCACCUUCUCUCUCACCACCACCUCCUUACAUUUACAAGUCUCCUCCACCACCUUCACCAUCACCACCACCGCCAUAUGUCUAUAAGUCACCACCUCCUCCUUCACCGUCACCACCACCACCAUACGUUUACAAGUCACCUCCACCACCCUCACCGUCCCCACCACCACCAUAUGUCCAUAAGUCACCACCACCUCCUUCACCGUCACCUCCACCACCAUACGUUUACAAGUUAACACGAAAACACAUUUGGGUAAAAAUGAGUUCUUAUUGA